AUGAAUCCGCCAGACGCCUUCUCCUGCUUCCCCACCCUGGGCUUGGCGCUGGCGCCACCCUCUCCGUCGGGGUUGCCCUCAUCGCCGGUGCCCCCGCCGCAGCUGCCAGCCAAGGCGGAGUCGAGCGGGGCCGGGCCGGGUAGGGAAGAGCCGGCGACCGUCGGGCCGGGCCGAGGGGAGCCCGGGGCGGUCGGAGCCGUCGGGGGCGGAAGGCGGCGCAAGCGGCCGGUGCAGCGCGGGAAGCCGCCCUUCAGCUACAUCGCCCUCAUCGCCAUGGCCAUAGCGCACUCAGCCGAGCGCCGACUCACCCUGGGCGGCAUCUACCGCUUCAUCACGGAGCGCUUCGCCUUCUACCGGGACAACCCUCGAAAGUGGCAGAACAGCAUCCGCCACAACCUCACGCUCAACGACUGCUUCGUCAAGAUCCCCCGCGAGCCGGGCCACCCGGGCAAGGGCAACUACUGGGCCCUCGACCCUGCGGCCCAGGACAUGUUUGACAGCGGCAGCUUCCUGCGCAGGAGGAAGCGCUUCAAGCGCAGCGACCUCAGCACCUACCCCGGCUACUCUCCGACACCCAGACCCGGGCCUCCCGAGCCGCCCGGGGCCAGCGCUUUCGGGCCGCCCCCGCCGGCAGCCGCGGCCCGCGCGCCUCCCUAUUCCGCGUCGCUCUACGGGGUGGCCUACGCUGCCACCCAGACGGCUCCAGUGAUGGGGCCCGGCCCCCAGCCCCUGCAGCCCUACCCGGGGGGCUCGGGGGCGGCGCCCCCGCCUCCUCCUCUGCCCCCGCCGCGAGUGUUCAGCAUUGACAGCCUCAUCAGCUUCCAACCUGGCCCCGACGGGGCGGCCUUCCCCGUUUCGGAGCCCGGGCCGUGUUUCCCAGGCCCCGCGACGGCAGCGGCUGCAGGGCCCGGUGGUGGGGCGCUACUGGGCAGGGGGCCCCCGGCCCCUGCCCACUCAGUCUCCUACCCUCCCUACCCUGCAUCUCCUCCUCCAAUGCCUGGUUCGAGCUACGCGCCGCCCGGCAGCCCCCAACUGUAUGCGCUGCCCCCCAGGCUGGAGCUAACGACCGCUCUGGCCGGCCCCCAGAGCUCGGAACCCUCAGGGGCGGAGCAGCUGCUGGGCCUAGGUGGACCUGGACCUGGUCCGGGACCUGGGCCAGCCGUCGGCGUCAACGGGCUGACCCAGUUCGGGCCCAGCGGCGCUUACCUGCGACAGCCGGGCUUCGGCGCGGGGCUGGAGCGCUACCUGUGA